AUGCCUUCUUUUAAUUAAAUUCUACUUAUUAAUUAAAAAUACAGGUAUUUAGUUUGCUCUUUUUCUCAAGCAAGCAAGAAAGCAAUCAACUCUACUUUAAUUAAAGAAGUUGAUAAUUUUAAUAUAGGAAUUUAAAUUUUAAAAUAACUCCUAAUCCGAACAGAAUAAAUAUAGCAAUUCGAAUAAUAUAAUACUUUAUAAAUUAAAUAAAACCAAGGAUAUUGA